UUCACCUGCAAUCCUCCCUCCCCCAUCCAACUGCUCUCUUAAAAGCAACUCUGGUGCUUCUGGGGAUUAAUUGCCCCAGUUUUCUGCCCAGGAGAAUUAAAACUUCUCCCAACCUCCUCUCCUCCCCACUGCAACCCCCACCCCACCCCCACCACCACCACCACAACCCAUCUCCUGCUACCUGAGGAAAACUCUCUUUUCUCUCUGCACAUGCAGUACCCAAUUUUUUACGGAGCUGUUUUGCCCUAAGCCAAGCUCAGUCCACUCCAAAUUCGACUUACAAUCUUCCCCACCCUUUUAUACAAAACACAAGAGAUUUUCCACUGCCUAGGAAUUUGAGAAGAACCCAAAAAUCUUCUCCUGGGAAACUUUCUGACAACUCGAUCUUGAUCUCAAGGCCCCAACAGCACCUCCCUCAACAUUUUUUUUUUAUUCCCUUCUCCGACCAGUGUCCCCAAGUCAAAGGCAACAAGGAGACACCCUGAGCAAAGCUAAGGUUGGUGGGGGGUAGGGGGGAGGCAAGAAAACCUUUGUUGUUGUUUUUGUUGUUGUCCUUGGGCUUUCCAGGGAGAGUUCAGAGCCAGUGACUCACAGUUCUCAGUCUUGGGGGCAACUGAUUUGCUACUCUGAGGGGGUGUAAGGGGAGCCAGUGAGAAACCAGAUCCCCCCCCACAACACAGCUUUGCUGUGGACCCCUCUCAAAACCAUUCUACUAUCUUCCUCUGAAAAGACUCCAGCUGCCCCUCCUGGGCUCUCUGCUUCCACUGGGCACAUGCUGAUGCCCCUGAGUGGGCUGCUCUGGUGGUGGUGGUGCUGCUGCUGUUGCUGCUGUGCCUGGUACCGCUGUGGAUUGUGUGCCCCGGCUCCCCAGAUGUUGCGCCACCAGGGUCUCCUCAAGUGCCGCUGCCGCAUGCUCUUCAAUGACCUGAAGGUUUUCCUACUGCGGCGCCCCCCUCCAGCGCCCCUGCCCAUGCACGGCGACCCCCAGCCCCCCAGUUUGGCCGCCAACAACAACACCCUUCCGGCUCUGGGUGCCGGGGGGUGGGCAGGCUGGAGGGGCCCUCGAGAAGGGGUGGGCAGGGAGACCACUCCUCUGCCACCUGCACCACCUUUGCCACCUUCUUCUGUGGAAGAUGACUGGGGUGGCCCAGCCACAGAGCCACCCACCUCGCUGCUCAGCAGUGCCUCCUCAGAUGACUUCUGUAAGGGGAAGGCUGAGGAUUGCUACUCACUGGGCAGCAGCCUGGACAGUGGCAUGAGGACCCCACUAUGCCGCAUCUGCUUCCAGGGGCCGGAACAGGGGGAGCUGCUGAGCCCAUGCCGCUGUGAUGGCUCGGUCAAGUGCACGCACCAGCCUUGCCUCAUCAAGUGGAUCAGUGAGCGGGGCUGCUGGAGCUGCGAGCUGUGCUACUACAAGUACCACGUUAUCGCCAUAAGCACAAAAAACCCUCUGCAGUGGCAGGCCAUCUCUCUGACAGUCAUUGAGAAGGUUCAGAUUGCAGCUGCCAUCUUGGGUUCCCUCUUCCUCAUCGCCAGUAUCUCUUGGCUUAUCUGGUCAACCUUCAGCCCCUCAGCAAAAUGGCAGCGCCAAGACCUCCUCUUCCAGAUCUGCUAUGGGAUGUAUGGAUUCAUGGAUGUGGUGUGCAUAGGCCUCAUCGUGCACGAGGGACCCUCCGUGUACCGCAUCUUUAAGCGGUGGCAGGCCGUCAACCAGCAGUGGAAAGUGCUGAACUAUGACAAGACGAAAGACCUGGAGGAUCAAAAGUCGGGAGGCAGGACAAACCCCCGGACGUCCUCGUCCACCCAGGCCAACGCCCCGGCGUCAGGAGAGGAGGCCGUGGGCACCCCCAGCGCCGAGGAAGGCCCUGCCCGGGCGGCCAGCCACCCCCCAGGCCCCCUGUCCGACCACCACUGUGCUUACACCAUCCUGCACAUCUUGAGUCACCUACGGCCUCAUGAACAGCGGAGCCCCCAGGGCGGAAGCCGGGAGCUCGUCAUGAGGGUCACGACGGUGUGAGACGAGCCACCGGCAGC